UGCGAGGGGGCCGGGGCAAGGAGGGGGCCACGGCGUGCCCCACUCUGUUUUUUACGACACGGCUUUCUGUGUAACAUAAUAAGUAUUUAAAAAUUUUUGUGAAAUGUUUCGGUGUUAUUUGUAAAAAUUCGGGAAGUCGAAAAUUGGAAUAGAGAUGCAGGGGCUGGUGAGCGACAAGACGUUCCACUUGAAGUGGAACAACCACCUGCAGAACCUCAGUCAGCUGUUCACGACCAUCUACUCGUCGUCGGCCCUCGCAGACGUAACACUCUCCUGUCGCGACGGCACUCUCAAAGCGCAUAAGCUCGUACUUUCAGCAUGCAGUCCUUACUUCGAACAAAUAUUCAAGGACAAUCCAUGUCAGCAUCCCAUAGUGAUACUGAAGGGUAUACCUUUCUCGGAGAUAAACCUCCUGGUGGAGUUCAUGUACAAAGGGUCGGUGGACGUGCAAGAGUUAGACCUGCAGUCCCUGAUGCACACAGCGUCCGAGCUGGAAAUCAGAGGCUUGGCAUAUGAAGCGAGGGAUAAUGCUGCACAGCUGCUCAAUGUGAACCUUGAGUACCCUUCAUACAGCCAAACAUCCACAAGCUCGGCAGUUUCUACAUCACAAUCAUUUCCACAAUCACGCACCGAUGUUGAGAGAUUAAAACAAAUACACAUGUACCAACAAUCGAUGAUGCGUGCGGAGGAGGUGCGACGCCGCCGUCGGGAGGACAUGCCCACAACACAGACGGCAGUCAAUAAUAUAUUGGCUGCUGCGGCCCGCGAGAUGGAGGAAGCCAGACAGGCUGCAAGGACUGGGGAGAGGGUGGUGGCGAGCAUACAGACUGAACAAGAUAGCAAUGGUCUAAAAGAACAAUUAUCCCCAGCACCCACACCGUCAGACGUGAAGCGCGAGUCCGAAGACGACAGGCCAAAAAAGCGGAUGUCCAUAAUGUCGCCAGAAGACGACAGGAUGCGCGUCAAGAAGAAGACCAUGACGGUCCGCUUCCAGGACGAGAAGACUGAGGAACAACCGAAUAAGGUCACUUCACCCAACGCGACAAACAACGGCGACUCGAAGGACGCAGAAGGAAAGCCGGGCGGCAUCAAAGUUGUGCAAUUGGCCGUACUACAGAAACCCACCAAUAAUGAACAUGAUGAUUCUGAUGAAAGGGGCAAAACAGCAAUGGACGAAGACGAAGAGACAGACUCGAGCGGCUCAGUGUCAGAUGCAGCAGCAAAUGAUUCGCAAGAUGGCCGACCGUAUGCGUGCGAUAUUUGUGAUGUUCGAUUCGCCCGCUCCUCCCACUUAUCCCGUCACCGCCUCACCCACACGGGCGAGAGACCGUAUACGUGCGGCGGCUGCGGGCGGUCCUUCGCGCGGUCCGAUAAACUGCGCGUGCAUACCAAGAUCUGUGAACGGGUGUUAUUACAGGAGGACCCAACAGUGGACAUGGCGAGCGACCAAGCGGGGGUCAAACGCGAGUCCACCGGCACCAACUCCGAAGUGAUGUCGGGCAUGGUUCGCACCACACACAGAGAAUCCGGGCACUUGGUGUUCACCCCCAGUGGGGACGUCAUGCUACCCCCAAGACAAGCCCCCGUGGUGCUGAAUGCUACCCUGGAGCCCGUGAGGAACGAGAUCAGUCAGGGGGAAUUAGCAGAGCCCCCCAGGAGGGGCAGGGGGAGGCCCAGGAAGACGCCAUUGCCGCUAACGCCGAAGGUUAAGAAGAGGAGGGGCCGACCACCGAAGACGUCGCUCGACAUGGAGGGGUGCGUGCUGACGGGCGGCACGGUGCUGGGCUCGGGCGCACAGCUGGCCGCUCUAUCGCCGGCCGGCCAGCAGCUGCUGCUCAAGCGCAAGCGCGGCCGCCCGCCCAAGAACUACCUGCUGCCCGCACGACCUGGUAUGGAUAUGGCAUUACCGAUGCAGUACGGACUAGCCGCUGAAAUAAGCAAACUUUACGGGCGACCGAACGAGAACUACAACGCGACCAACCUACCCUUCGGCGACUUCUCCUACCUGACUGAAAUGAUGUACAACCCGCUCGCAUAUUCCUACGGGGUCACCAGCGUGGACCCCGACCGCAACGUGGACGCGGACCUCAGCGUCACGUCCGAGUCGCACGACCGGACCAUCGACGUGUCCGACACGUCCAGCGAUGAGGACGACCGCGUCGAACCCGAGGAGAAUAUACCCCCCGUGGCUUGCGAGACUCAGAUCAUGACCGUGGGAGACUGCCAGAUUGUCAAACUACCCGCCAGUGAAGAUAAAGAUGAUAAAGUGGAGGUCCAAGAGACCCCGGCUCCCCCCACCCCGAGCUCAGUCACAAUUACUCCGAUCACUACAGUGGGGGACUGUACUAUACGUCCCGUGGAGAACACAUAAUGCGAGAAUGUUUGGUUGAUUCGGUUGCGGACGGGCUUUUGACAGUAAAGUUGGGGGGAAAGGGGAAAAUUGGAUACAAUUGAGGUUAAAAGAAUCAAACAAACAUUGAGACGUUAAAUUUAUUAAUCUUUCAGCAUUUCUAUUAGUGAUGUCUAAAGCACUAUUUGAGCAAAAUUGUAUCUUAUUAAUAGACGUUAUAAAGUCUAUUUUCAAACUCGUCCGCAACCCAAGCUCCACAAAGGAUACGAAACGGUCCCCAUAUACCGACCGUUUCCCUAACCUCUAUAUAUAAAGUCUUCCCUUAUUUUACCGCUAUGUAUGGGGUAGACGUAUUAUUGUGGUAGCAUUCGAUACGGGAACGUUUUUCCUAUUUUCAUAGCUUACAAUGCGUACGCUAGAUAUGUCUUCCUAUAUAAAAUAAGUGGACAUGUAACUUUACAAUACAUUAGAAAACGCAUUUGAGUUAUUGCCGGAAUACAACGGUAGAUAAAUUCGUAUGAAAUUUUCAUACACGUAGCGUUUACAUCGAUGUAUGGACACAGCGUCCAAACGAUAUUUCCUAAAUUUUUUAUUUCGGCUAGUAGCGGAGAUCCCGGGGAAAUGCUACUACAAUGAUAACACUAAAAUAGUUUGUAAGCGACUGUAGAUGCAUUUAAAUUGGUAUAAUUUAUUGGAUUUCGAGAUUCGAUUGAAGCAAGCUUUACGUGUCAGCUUGGAUAGUAUUUCAUUAAAACGAAAAAAAAAUUGGUUGGAGCAAUACACUAUAAUGUUGCUAUUGAUAAAAAUGUAAGUUUUAAUGGAAUACCCUCCAAAGCAGUAAAAUAACAAUGAUACUCAAUGAACACAACUGAUUCAGAUCAAAUACGUCACAACUAACAGUGUUUUAUACAAAGCGUCCAUAGCUAGUAGCUCUGGUUCGACGACGUUGCCAUAGUCUAUUUUUAUUUGACUCCAAAAAGGUUUUAUAUAAAACACUGUACUUAUUUAAUAUAGAACAUUAAUAUUUUGCGAUACUCUACAUAGAGGUGUCAUAUUUACCGCGUGUAUUGGACUUAGGUAAGGUUUCUUGUUGCCUUCGAUGUGUCGUGUCUAUGUGUUCGUUAACGUGUAUGACUGUGCAAGGCCUACACGCUCUAUCCUUUAUAUUGGAUAUAUUUUCACGGGGAGAUUUUUAGCUUUAAUAAUGAAAAUUUUUACUUCCCUUUCGAUUCGAUUCAUCCGAAAUUUUAAGUCAUUUACUUACGGUGUUUAAAAUUUGACAAUCUUUUCUGGAUCUGAUUUAUUUUCUAGCGAUCCGUCGUACCACAGACUAUAAAUUAUAGAUUAAAAAUAUUUUCAGUAGUUUUGUAACCGUAGAUUGGCUGUCUAUAUUAUAAUAUUAUAUAAUUAUACUACGUGCGGUGUAUUCCACCAUGUUAUUACGUGGUGGGUGCGUUUUUCCGUUCUAUAUGAUAAUCAAAUAUUGGAUGUGUCGUAGUAGCACAGCUGUAACGCCUUUUACUCUUAUCUUUGUGAAUAGUAAGUAGCGAGUAGUGAUCUAGAUAAAAAUUUAAAAUUCUAAAAUAAUAUACGGCAACACCACACGAACAAGUGAUACGUUCGCUAAAUAUUUUUAGUCGGACUUAAUGUAAUGACAUAUUAUAUUUCUCUAAUCGUGUAUGUGUAAUCUUAGUGAGUAAAUAAUAUUAUGUCUAUAUGCAAAAUAUUAUUUUUGUUAUUGAUGUCGGAGGAAAGCGCGCGAAAUGAACCUUGUCUUUGGCCGGAAACGGAAUGUCAUAGAGGUCGUUGUCAUCGCUAUGGUCUAUAAUCUAUGUCGAUGACAAAAAUAGUAUAUUGUACUGAUUUACCUGCAGACAGCUAUCCAAGCGGCUAGGUUGUGAACCAGUCGAGGUUGGACUAAUGUUUCUGUUUAUUUUAUACGUUUUUAAGUUCCUUUACGCACGCUUCGUUCGCUAUAAUGUAUACAGUGCCGGUUUGUUCAAUUUACUAUUUUCACAAUAUUCUCUGAAAAGUUCAAAACAAGUCAAAAACGAUUUCCUAGCGCACAUGGUCACAAAGUGUCAUUAAAAUUGAGGAAAAUUAAAAUGAAUCACAUUCGUAGUAAAUUGAACAAAUCGGUGUCGAUAUACGCAUUAUAACGUUUUAAAAGUAUUAAUCAACUAUAAUUUAAUUUCUUUCAAAUAUCUGUACAGUAGUAUAGUUCCUAACGAUUAAUCAAAAUUGUAACCCUUCAAAUACUAAUGUAGGUGUAAGUUUUAUUUUAUAUUUUUUUUAAUUAAUUUUUGUCUCGAGAUCAAAUUAGUGGUUCACUAUUAGUGUUGUAAUUAAUUUUAGUCCGCUUUUUACGUAUUUAAUCGAAGACUGCUCGUAUUUUUUAUUCGGUUGUUCAUCCGAUGAGUCCCAGAGGCUUACAUCUCACGGCAAGCUAUGUGAUGAGAGUUUAUUUAAUACAAAUGAAUCUGUAUUUUUAUAACUAAGGAUAAGUUUACUCCGAACAGUGUAAUCCUAUAUCCCACAUGUAGGUUAGAUGUUUUAAGUUUUCAACGGCCCUAUUGGCUUGGUUUUAAGAGAUUUUGGUGUGCGGUACCAAGUCUAUGUUUUGGUGUUGAAAUUAAAUUCGGGUUUAUGUAUGAACAAAAUAUGUAAUGAAAUCAAACAUUUUUACUUUUAUUCAUGUUAAUUGUUAAUUUACUGAAUUUUUACUUGGAAUUUAAAAUGAACUUAUCAAAAAAUAUCUACUCUGCCUGUAUCUGUGGAGAUGGUCAAUUGUUAUACUUUACAAAAUUAUUUUUUACAUAUUUUACGCCAAAAUAUAGUCAUGUUAACGCACCAAGUUCGGCGAUAAAUGAUUGUAUAAUUAUUUAAUGGAAUGUUAGCGGUUGAGCGCCCGGUUGAUUGUAUUGCAUUUAUAUUAAGUUUUAUUUGAUUUUAUUAUGUGGAUCUCCGUCACGCAACAAGGGGUAUCAAAACAUAUUUGUGCAUUUAAAAUAUACUUUAUGAAAUAACUAGCUUUCCGCCUGCGGCUUCGUCCGCGCUUUCAAAGAAAAACCCGCAUAGUUCCCGUCCCCUUGGGAUUUCCGGGAUAAAACCUAGCCUAUAUUACU